AUGAUGUUGUCUUCCAUUGGCGUAGCCAUCUUAACGCUCGGUAGCUUUGCGGUUGGUAGCGACAAUACCACACAGUCCUGCGCUGGCGUAGCAGCGAUCAGCUCCAAGUGCAAGUCCCAGCAAACACAUCAUCAACGAGAUGUUUUCUACGUUGGUGGACGUUUGCUCAACACCGGAACCGGUAACCUUACGGUCGACCAACUUUAUGUCGAAAAACUUACUCCCUCGGUCGGAGUCACACAACCAAGGCCUCUGGUGUUCUUCCAUGGCGGCGCUGUGUCCGGGACGACAUGGCUGAACACCCCAGACGGUCGUCAGGGGCUUGCAGGCUUCUUCCUUGAGCAAGGGUAUCAAGUAUAUCUCCUCGACCACACGUCUGUAGGGCGUAGCAGUCAGAUGAAUACCCGGGAUUAUGUGCUUUGGAACACAACAACCCAGGAAGGUGUUCAAAGCGGGUUUACGGCCCCAGAAUUACUUGCGACUUAUCCUCAAGCAAAGCUGCACACCCAAUGGCCAGGCUCGGGGCAAAUCGGGGAUCCCUUCUUUGACACUUUCCGCAAAGGCAUCAUUCCUUUCACGAGCAACUUCACUUUGGCUGAAUUGUCAAUGCGUGCUGCUGGUUGCGAAUUGCUUUCGCUUAUUGGACCUUCCUAUCUAUUCUCCCAUUCGCUCGGAGCUCUAUAUCCCAUCUUGCUUUCAAAUGAUUGCCCAGAAAACGUCGCAGGCAACAUCAACCUAGAACACUCGACCCAACCAUUCUGGAACUACGGCCUCACCAUUGAUUCCGGCAGCGCAACUCGCCCCUGGGGUCUGACCAACACUCCACUAGACUACGAACCUCCGGUGGCAGACCCUUCCGAGCUUCAACAGAUUAUCGUAGGAAACGACACGCUUGCUCGUCGCAACUGCCAUUUGCAAGCCGAACCUGCGCGGAAGCUACCAAAGAUCGCAAGCGUUCCAUAUCUGUGCUUGACCGGAGAAGCCAGUGUGCAUGCCACCUAUGAUCACUGUGUAAUCGACUUCUUAGAGCAGGCUGGUGGUAGCCCUGAUUGGAUCAAGCUUGCUGAACGUAACAUAACUGGUAAUGGUCAUUUCAUGCAUAUUGAAAAAAAUAACAUGAAAAUUGCCAUGGUAAUCGAGGACUGGAUUCAGGGUGGCACCAAGUAG